UAUUGUUGUCUUAGUGUCCAAAUUUAUUUUGGGGACAAAUAAUAGGCGUAGAAUAAAGAAUGGAAUCUGUUGUGGAAGAAAGAAGGUAGAAGGUGUAAGGUGUUUCUAGACAGUUCGUUUGUGGGUUGAAAUAGAAAUAGAUACAUUAGACUGUGAGAGAAUACAUUAUUAUUAUUAGAUUGCAUGAAGAAGGAGUGAAGAAGGAGAUAGAAAUGUCUUACUUGUUACCACAUUUACACUCUGGUUGGGCCGUUGAUCAGUGUAUUCUCUCAGAAGAAGAACGAGUUGUCGUCAUUCGCUUCGGCCACGAUUGGGAUGAAACCUGCAUGCAGACGGAUGAAGUGCUGGCAUCGGUCGCUGAAAAGAUUAAAAAUUUCGCUGUGAUUUAUGUUGUGGAUAUCAGCGAGGUGCCUGAUUUCAACACCAUGUACGAGUUGUAUGACCCAUGCACUGUAAUGUUCUUUUUUAGGAACAAACAUAUCAUGAUAGACCUUGGAACCGGAAACAACAAUAAGAUUAACUGGCCUCUCAAAGACAAGCAAGAGUUCAUUGAUAUUGUCGAAACAGUGUACCGUGGAGCGAGGAAGGGACGUGGUCUUGUCAUUUCUUCUAAAGAUUACUCUACCAAGUACCGUUACUGAGUUACACUAACUUACCUCUGCAAUUUCUUAAUAUCUCACCAUGAACUUGUCUUCAUCACCUUUGAACAAUGAUGUUCAAUCACCAAUGGCUAUGUUCCAUGUUGACUGUAGUGUGAUCAAUGUUAAUGGACAUUGCUUUGUAAUUGAUACUAUCAAUGUUAAUGU